UUGAACUGCGCAGCUCUCGUGUUUGGGGCAUUUUGUGUUGCGUUAAAUCAAACCCAACAUGGCAGACGCCCUGAAUCCUGACGACCUGAAACUAGAAGAAUUCAACGAAGCUGUUGCCUCAGGGCCGGAUGACCAUUUGGACGAUACUACCAACGGCGUGAAAACGGAUGCUGAGGACUCCCAGUCGCAGCCGGAUAAGUAUGACCCGAAAGACAAGUCAAACCGAAGAGGAAAUCGCUUCCAUCCUUACAAAGACAAAUCUGCUGGAGAUAAGAAGGCUCUGCAAAGGAACCGUGUUUUUGUCAGCAACAUACCAUAUGAUGUGAAGUGGCAGGCAAUUAAAGAUCUAAUGAGGGAAAAAGUUGGUGAGGUUACAUACGUGGAGCUCUUUAAGGAUGGAGAAGGAAAGUCAAGGGGUUGUGGUGUGGUGGAGUUUAAAGAUGAAGAAUAUGUGAAAAAGGCAAUUGAAACAAUGAACAAGCAUGAUCUCAGUGGAAGACCACUCUACAUCAAGGAGGACCCUGAUGGCGAACACGCUCGUCGCGUGCUGCAGCGCAUUGGUGGACCACAAGUGGGGCGCAUGCAGGACAUGGGACCUGGAGGCAUCAAUAUCCCCCCUUCCAUCAUGAAUAAUCCCAACAUCCCUCCAGAAAUUAUUCUGGGAUUGCAAGCCGGGCGUCUGGGCAAUACAGUGUUUGUUGCCAAUCUUGAUUUCAAGGUGGGCUGGAAGAAGCUAAAGGAGGUCUUUAGCAUGGCCGGUGUGGUUAAACGUGCCGAUGUGAAAGAGGAUAAAGAUGGAAAGAGUCGUGGGAUGGGAACUGUGACUUUUGAACAGCCUCUCGAGGCUGUGCAGGCGAUAUCCAUGUUCAAUGGGCAGAUGCUAUUUGACCGACCAAUGCAUGUGAAAAUGGAUGAAAAAACUCAACCCCUUGAUGAUUUCCGUUCAGGUGACAAAACACCGCAGCUACCACGUGGCUUAGGUGGUAUUGGAAUGGGACUUGGACCUGGUGGACAGCCCAUAAACGCCAAUCGCUUGAGUGGUGGAGGAAAUAUGAAUUCAGGUGGUCCUGGAGGAAUGGACAGUCCAAAUUUUGGUGGGAUGAUGAGACUCGGAGGAGGAGGAGGAGGAGGAAUGAGUGGAGGUGGCGGCGGCGGUGGUGGUGGUGGCUUCGGCGGCAUGGACAACAUGUCGAACAUGGGUGGUUUUGGAGGCAGAGACAUGGGGGGUGCUGGUAGAAUGGGAGAUAUGUUCCGUUCUGCCAUGGGUGGGAUGGAUCGAGGAUAUGGAGAUUUUGGACAAAUGGGUGACUACUUUGAGCACUUCUUCGCCUUCAUGUGUGGUGGAUUUGGAGGAGGAAUGGGUAAUGGAGGCAUGGGCAACAUGGGCGCUGGCUUAGGUGGGGGAAUGGGCAACAUGUCAAUGGACCGGAUGGGCUCCGGCUUUGACAGGAUGGGUAUGUCAGGGGGCAUGGACAUGAACCGUGGAUUUGGGAACUUCGGAGGCGGUGGAGGGGGCCACAUGGGCGGAGGCUCCAAAGGAGGCUGUCAAAUCUUUGUGCGAAAUCUUUCUUAUGACCUGACCUGGCAAAAGUUAAAGGAGAAGUUUAGUCAAUGUGGCCAUGUGAUGUAUGCGGAGAUCAAGAUGGAGAACGGCAAGUCCAAGGGCUGUGGAACCGUCAGGUUUGACUGUCCAGAGAGCGCAGAGAAAGCCUGCCGGAUGAUGAACGGCACCAAGAUCAACGGCCGAGAGGUGGACGUGCGCCUCGAUCGCAACGCGUGAAACUUUUUUUAGAGCGUGUCAGACACACUUGUACAUUCAGCCCUUCUGCCAGUGAUUUCUUGUUUUGUUUUAAAAACACCACACAUACCAUCCAUGAAGUCUGUCUUUUGUGUUGAUAUUCUUUGCAUUGCUUUUAUUGUUUGUUUUGUAAACCAUUUUUAAUUUGCAGGGCAGUUUAUUUGAACAAAUAAAAGCUUGAUUUUUAAA